AUGGAUGGAUCAUCGGAAAAAACUACCAAUAAAUUAGUAUCGAUUCUACCAAAUUAUAGGAUUGGUAAGACUCUUGGACAUGGAUCCUUUGCGAAAGUGAAAUUAGCACUGCAUGUAGCUACUGGUCACAAAGUUGCUAUCAAAAUUCUUAAUCGCUCUAAGAUUAAGAACAUGGGUAUUGAGAUCAAAGUACAAAGGGAGAUCAAAAUUCUCAGAUUUUUGAUGCAUCCUCAUAUCAUCCGUCAAUAUGAAGUUAUAGAGACGCCAAAUGACAUUUAUGUUGUGAUGGAAUAUGUUAAGUCUGGAGAACUAUUUGACUAUAUUGUAGAGAAAGGUAAAUUACAGGAAGACGAGGCUCGUCAUCUUUUUCAGCAGAUCAUAUCUGGUGUAGAGUAUUGUCAUCGCAAUAUGAUCGUUCAUAGAGAUCUUAAGCCCGAGAAUGUGCUUUUGGAUUCGCAAUGCAACAUAAAGAUUGUUGACUUUGGAUUGAGUAAUGUCAUGCAUGAUGGUCAUUUUUUAAAGACUAGUUGUGGAAGCCCUAAUUAUGCUGCUCCAGAGGUUAUUUCAGGAAAACCAUAUGGACCAGAUGUAGAUAUAUGGAGUUGUGGGGUGAUAUUAUAUGCUCUGUUGUGUGGUACUCUUCCUUUCGAUGACGAAAAUAUUCCUAAUGUAUUCGAGAAAAUAAAGAGAGGAAUGUAUACUCUUCCAAAUCAUUUAUCACAUUUUGCUAGAGAUUUGAUACCGAGAAUGCUUAUGGUUGAUCCUACUAUGAGAAUUAGCAUUACUGAGAUUCGUCAACAUCCUUGGUUCAAUAAUCAUCUUCCUCUUUAUCUUUCUAUUCCUCCAUUAGAUACCAUAGACCAAGCUAAAAAGAUUGAGGAGGAGAUAAUUCAAAACGUGGUUAACAUAGGGUUUGAUAGAAACCAUGUUGUUGAUUCUCUUGCCAAUAGAAUCCAAAACGAGGCUACAGUUGCAUACCAUCUAAUCCUAGACAACCGAAACCAAAAUUCUGUUCCCAAUGACCCUUUCCAAUCCAAGUUUAAAGAGAUUUCGGAUGGUAUAUUUAAUUCGACGUUACCAGUUCAAAAUAUUACUUCACAUGUUGGCCAUUCAUUUUCGGCAUUGUAUGGACUAAAAUCCAAUGUCAAAGAUGACAAAACAUGGACCCUUGGACUUCAGUCUCAAGGGAGUCCUUAUGAUAUCAUGACUGAAAUUUUUAAAGCUCUUCAAAAUCUAAAAAUAUGCUGGAAAAAAAUCGGACUCUACAAUAUAAAAUGUAGAUGGGUCCGAAGCUUUGCUUACUAUAAGAAUCAUACAAUUGAGGAUGAAUGUGCCAUCAUCUUACCGACCGUCAUCAAAUUUGAAAUUCAGCUAUACAAAGUACGCGAAGGCAAAUAUUUGCUGGACAUCCUAAGAAUUGAUGGACCUCAGUUUAUCUUCUUUGAUCUAUGUGUUGCGUUUCUCAGAGAGCUAGGUGUCCUCUAA